GCGAAGCACCCAGUGCCCACAGCACCCAGACCGGCUGUCACCAUGUGGGGGCUCCCGCCCUGGGCCCGGUAUGGGCUCCUGGUCGGGGCCCACUUUCUGGUUCUGGGGUUUGGAGCCGCGGUGCUCCAGAUCCUGGAGGGGCCCCCAGCCCUGCAGCUCCAGACCCAGCUCAGGGCUGAGCUGGCCGCUUUCCAGGCGCAGCACGGGGCCUGCUUGCCCCCCGGGGCCCUGGAGAAGCUGCUGGGUACCGCCUUGAUGGCUCAAGCCCAUGGGGUUUCGGGCCCGGCCAACGGCUCUGAGGCCGAGACUUGGGACCUGCCUUCCACCCUGCUGUUCACCGCCAGCAUCCUCACCACUGCCGGUUAUGGCCACAUGGCCCCACUGUCGGCAGGCGGAAAGGCCUUCUGCGUGGUCUACGCAGCUCUGGGGCUGCCAGCCUCCCUGGCACUUGUGGCUGCACUUCGCCACUGCCUACUGCCUCUGAUCAGCCGUCCUUUCGCCUGGGUCACUGUCCACUGGCAGCUGCCACCAGCCAGGGCUGCGCUGUUACAGGCAGCUGGGUUGGGCCUGCUCGUAGCCGGAGUGUUCAUGCUGAUGCCAGCUCUGGUGCUGUGGGGCCUGCAGGGCAACUGCAGCCUGCUGGAGGCUCUCUACUACUGCUUCGGUUCGCUCAGCACCAUAGGCCUGGGGGACCUGCUGCCCAACCAGGGCCGGGGCCUGCACCCAGUGCUCUACCACAUUGGCCAGCUGGCACUUCUCGGUUACUUGCUCCUGGGGCUCCUGGCUGUGCUGUUGGCAGUGGAAACUUUCUCAGAACUGCCACAGGUCCAAGCCAUGGUGAACUACUUUGGGUCAGGUGACCCCCUGAGUGAUGAGGACCAAACUGGCAUCCUUGGGCAGGAUGAAUUAGCGAUGAGCACCCAGUCUCCGUCCUCCCCUGCACCGGAACAGGCCCCAGCAUGCUAAGUGUGUGUGUGGGGGGUGGGGUUUUGUCAAGUGAUGAACUAGACCAGCAGGAAGAGAUGCUGGGAAAGGAAGGAGCAGCUGUGAGGGGUUGGAAAGUGAUGGGGAGAGAAAAUGUGACCUCUUUAGGAAGAAAGAAUACAGUCAUCAAAAAUAAA